AUGACGGACUCGUUGGAGAAGAGAAUCGCCUGCAGGGUAACGUAUAUCUGGCUCUCCGGUAGGGAUUCCCAUCACGACAUCCGCAGUAAGGACCGAACGGCGUAUCUGACGGCUAAUGAAAUUUCGAAGCAUCCCAAAGAGCUGCUUACCGAGGGGCUUUUCCCUGUGUGGAACUUUGAUGGCUCUUCGACAAACCAGGCCCAUGGCGCAGAUACUGAGAUCCUUCUUAAUCCAGUUAAUGCAUACCACUGCUGCAUUCCUCGACGCUCGGCAACAAUACCGUGGAUUCUUGUGUUGGCUGAGUGCUGCCUACCAAAUGGUGAACCAACAAAAGACAACUCGCGUGCCACGGCGCGUCGCAUAUUUGAGCGGGGGCAAGAUGAGCACCCUUGGUUUGGAAUGGAACAGGAAUUUUUUUUGAUGAAGGAUGGACUUCCAUACGGUUGGCCAUCAAACGGAUUUCCGGCUCCACAGGGGCCAUAUUACUGCUCUACGGGCGCCUCCUUUGCUCCUGGGAGGAAAUAUGUUGACUUGCAUUAUGAAGUAUGCCUGCAGAUGGGGCUGAAUAUCUCUGGCACAAAUGCAGAGGUUGCGCCUGGCCAGUGGGAGUUUCAAGUGGGCCCCUGUGAGGGCAUUGAAAUGGGAGAUCAGUUGACUGUAGCACGAUGGGUAUUGCUACGGAUUCUGGAAGGUGAUAAUUUGGACGUGGACUAUCGCGCAAAGCCCAUCCGGGGUGAUUGGAAUGGCAGCGGGCUUCAUACAAAUUUUUCCACAGCCUCCACUCGGGCUGAGAAUGGACUGAGCGUAAUCUACGAAUAUGUGGAGAGGUUGAAGAAAACCUUGUCAAAGGAUAUUAUUUUCUAUGGCGCUGAAAACGAUGAACGACUAACGGGGAGGCACGAGUCUUCAAGGCCAAACGAGGUGACCGCCGGAGUUGGUACGAGGCAUACCUCGAUUCGUAUUCCCAACGCUGUUGCCGCAGAGCAGAAAGGAUACAUGGAGGAUCGGCGACCUGCUGGCGAUGCAGAUCCUUAUCUUGUUUCGUCGAGGCUGUUUUCGUCUUGUGUUGCGCUGGAGGCCCCGGAGUUGGAUUUGAUGUCAUCACUCCAUGAGAGAGCGUGGAUGAGGUUUGAUAAUUUGUCCCAAAAUUGA